UUCCACUAAAGUUAGGUUAUGCCAAAAAUAUCGCAACCUGAAGAGGAGAUUUUUCUAUAUUUCCGUCUCCAGCUCGUUAUUUCUUCGCAGAGAUCGCGGGAUCGGAUCACAGGAAAAUGAACAGCAGCAGUUCGACGGAGGGUACACAGAACCCAGAAGGAGGGAGGCGGUAUUACAAUCCAUAUGAAGACCUUCACGGCCCAGCGUUCGACAUCAGGCCGGUAAAAAACCUGUAUCAAAUCCCCACAACUCCAGAGUUUCUUUUCCAAGAAGAGGCUGCCUUGAAGAGAAGAUCGUUUAGCGAUAACAUCACGUUUUACACAGGCUGCGCUUAUUUAACAGGCGCUGUUACGGGUGCUGGCGUGGGGUUGGUGCAAGGCGUGAAGGCCGGAGAAGCGGGAGAUUCCCUGAAGCUUAGAAUUAACAGGGUAUUGAAUGGUUCUGGUCACACGGGCAGAAAGUUCGGCAACCGUCUGGGGGUAAUAGGUCUUCUUUACGCUGGAGUGGAGGGCGGAAUUGUGGCGGCGAGGGGGGAGGAUGAUUCAAUUAACAGCAUCCUGGCGGGGCUAGGGACAGGGGUCCUCUUUAGGGCGGCCGCUGGCAUACGAUCCGCCGCCGUUGCGGGUGCCAUCGGUGGCCUCGCUGUCGGAGCCGUAGUCACCGGCAAGCAAGUCCUCAGGAGAUACGUGCCCAUAUGAAUGUACUGAGUCAUUGCACUCCUUUAUUUAGAUUUUUGAUCUUUGAGGGUUUAUUAUUUAUUUUACAUGCUUCAACUUUAGGGUACAUUUCGCCCUAGGGUUUCAUGUAUUAAGAUUUUUCUGGAAAUAUUAUAUUGUAUUCAUGAAUUUUCCACAGUCCAUGAAGAUUAAUAAGAGAGCACUUGGAAAUAGUUGUGCA